UGGCGAUGCUGUGACGAUAUUUGUGUGCGCCAAAUGGUGGCGGCCCCGCUGCCCAGCAACAACUAACAUCACACAGCGGGCCGGCCAGCCAGGGGGCAGUGACAGGGCGCAGUGCGUUCCAGCAUCCCACCAAGAGUCCUGCGGGCAGAGCCAUGCCGUAGGGGCCCUGACCAUGAACAAGUACGUGAGAGUCAGCAAGAUCGGAGAAGGUUCCUUUGGAAAGGCCAUUCUGGUGAAAUCUAAGGAGGAUGGCACGCAAUAUGUCAUCAAAGAGAUCGGCAUCUCCAAGAUGUCAAGCAAGGAGAGGGAGGAAUCCAGGAGGGAAGUUGCUGUGUUGGCAAACAUGAAGCAUCCGAAUAUUGUCCAAUACCAAGAAUCAUUUGAAGAAAAUGGAUGUCUUUACAUUGUGAUGGAUUAUUGUGAAGGAGGGGACCUAUAUAAAAGAAUAAAUUCACAGAAAGGGGUUUUGUUCUCAGAAGAUCAGAUUAUGGACUGGUUUGUGCAACUGUGCCUGGCUCUGAAGCAUGUACAUGACAGGAAAAUUCUACAUCGGGACAUUAAGUCCCAGAAUAUCUUUCUAACAAAGGGUGGUACAAUACAGCUGGGUGAUUUUGGAAUAGCACGGGUGCUAAACAGCACUGUAGAGCUUGCUCGCACCUGUAUAGGAACUCCAUACUAUCUUUCUCCUGAGAUAUGUGAAAAUAGGCCGUAUAACAACAAAAGCGAUAUUUGGGCACUAGGCUGUGUUUUGUAUGAAAUGUGCACCCUCAAGCAUGCGUUUGAAGCGGGUAACAUGAAGAACUUGGUACUGAAAAUAAUCCGAGGCUCCUAUCCCCCUGUGUCUGUACAUUAUUCUUAUGACCUACGCAGUCUGCUCUCAAUACUUUUUAAGAGGAAUCCUAGGGAUCGUCCAUCCGUCAACUCCAUAUUGGAGAAGCCUUUUAUAUAUAGACGUAUUGAAAAGUUUUUGUCACCACAGCUUAUUGCCAAUGAGUUUGGUCUGGGAGCCUUUGUGAAUCACCCCAAACCAGGGAUCCAUGCUGCAGCAGCCAAAAGACCAGCUCCAGCACAAGUGGUUACUCCUGCUUCACCUCCAGCUCACAAAAUCACAAAACCUGCAGCUAAAUAUGGAGUGCCUUUAACCAUAAAAAAAUCUGCGGAUGCUGCAAAGAAGCAUCAUGAAAAAAAGCCCCAGAUGAGACACAGACAGGCCCCAGCAAUGCCACUGAAGAAAGUGAAUCCUGUAGACGAAAGGAGGAAAAUGUUUGAGGAAGGGACUAAGAAAAAAAGGAUGGAUGUCAGACAACUGGAGAAGGAAAAAAGACAGCGGGAACAGAUAAGUCUGCUAAGGGCUGAACAGAUGAGGAGACUGGAAAAGGAAAGGCUGGAGCGAAUAAAUCGUGCACGAGAGCAAGGCUGGAGGAAUGUAAUCAGCUCAGGAGGAAGCGGAGAUAGUAAGGCACCUUAUUUUGGUGGUGGGGGAGGUGUAGCGCCCCCACAAGGCAUGGGGCGUGGUCCCUAUGAACAUUACCAUUCCAUUUUUGAUCAGAUGCAGCAGCAGAAGGAAAACAUCAAGGCAGCAGUGGAAAAAGAGGUGAAACUGAAGGCAGAGAUCCAAAAUCCUGACCCUUCUAGCAGAGUUCCUAUGCAUCAAGAAGCAGCAAAUUGCCCUUCAGUCCAUUUUCCAUUCCCAGACGGUGACGCAGUGAGAAGGGAACUUAAGAGACUGCAGGAAGUACACAAUCAAGCCGUUGACAACAGGCUUCAAGGACAUGUUUCUGCAGAAAAGGCAAGACAAGUUGAAGAGUUUUUGCAGCGGAAGUGUGAAGCAAUGCAAAAUAAGGCUCGUGCAGAGGGACAUAUGGACGCAGUGCACAAGCUGUCAGCUAUCUAUGGAGGCAGGCCAAAUUCUGCAGGAGGAGGCAAGGCACGCAACAGAGAAGAAAAGGAGUAUUUAGCAAGACUUAGGCAGAUCAGACUCCAGAAUUUUAAUGAGCGACAGCAAAUCAAAGCCAAGCUGAGAGGGGAAAAGGGGGGUGAAGAUGACACAUGUAGCAAGGAAAGCAGCGAGGAAGCUGAGCUAAGAAGAAAGAAAAUUGAAGCUUUGAAGGCUCAAGCAAAUGCUAGAGCUGCUUUAAUAAAAGAAGAACUUGAGAGGAAGAGGAGAGAAGCAGAUGAAAGAGAGAAGAGAGCAUGGGAAGAGCAUCUGGCAGCCCGAGGGUUAAAAAAUCCAAAUGUGCCUUGUAAUGCAGCUGGGGCAACACCCGGCUCCCCCAAACACGCACAUCUUGAUGUUGGGGGAUCACCUGUACGAGGACAGCCUCAUGCGAAACCCAGCACACCUGCCAUAUCUAUGACUUCGGCACUAAAGAAUGUUGGGGCUGAAGGUGAAGAUACAAAUAUCAGGGAUCUGACGGAGGACUCCAUAACAUCAGAAACCUCAGUACAAAAUGAAAAACGGGAAAUACUCCGUCGAUUAAAUCAUAACCUGAAAGCUCAGGAAGAAACAGAGCCCACAAACCAUCCAAUAGAGGAAAAUGGAGUGCAAGCCAGUGGCCAGGCACAACAGCAAGAGAGUGGUGAGCCUCUGGCAGCAGAUAGGAAGAAGUGGCAGGCUGAGCUUCCUCCUGUGAUUCCUCUUUCUCAGCUCACACUGGUGGAGGAUACAGUGUUCCCAUUGGACAAUCUGACAAUUGGAGAUGUGAUCGUACUGGAGGUGGAAGAGCCCCAGAGACGACUGUGGGGAAAAGAUCCUGGUGAUUCUGUAUUAAAGGUACUUGGUGAGGCCAAACUCCAGCUUGAAACAGAAUUGCUUCAAGUCACAAUCGAGCAAGAGUGUCACGAAGAAGCAGACGAAGAGAUGGAAAAGAAGGAGGCACAAUGCAAUGAAUUAAAUAUAGUUUCUGCCACUGAGGGACAGACUAUAAUUUUACCAAAUAGAGAGGUAAUGCCACAGCCAGAAAUGUCUCCACCUGUAGAAGAAGAAUGCUGUAUCCCCAUGGCUGCCUUUGACAAAGUCGAGAUCCAGUCUAAUGAAGAUCCUGAAGAUUUGGAGAUUGAAAUACUUGAAGAAAUAAAAGGGAAGGAGGAAGCUGAUAAAGAGUGCCCAGUCCAGGUUACAAAUGUUUGGACUGAGCAGACCAAACAAGAAAGUGAGGGACAGGAGACUGUUGAAUGCGAGCAACCAAACGAAGAUGCCCAAUCAGAUACUGAAUGCUCAGACCAAGAGGAAAAAAUAGAGAAUCACUCAAAUAGAGAGUCAAGUGUACCCAAAGCUUUAUUUGAAAAAGUGCCACUCCCUCAAAGUGUAGUCACUCCAACAUUCUCUGCCCAGUCGUCCUUUGAUGAUUCCUUACCGCCUCGUUCAAGGUCAGCUUCUCCAACCAAAGGCAAGACCGCACUGCUGAUUGGACUCACUGCUGGUUUAUUUGAUGCAAACAACCCAAAGAUGCUGCGCACAUGCUCGCUGCCAGACCUCAGCAAAUUAUUCAAGACCUUUGUGGAUGUACCUGCAGUGGCUGAUGUGGAAGGGGAUGAGCAGCUGGAAAUAGAAGACAUAGAGGAUGAACCUGUUCAGGAUGCAGACCACUCUGAUUCAGAGGACACCAUGUUUGGGGAGACAGACAGAGAUUUACAGGAACUACAGGCAUCAAUGGAACAACUAUUAAGAGAGGAGCCUACAGAAGAUUACUGUGCAGAGGAAGGAACACACUUAAACCCAGAACCACCAGCCGGAAACAUAGAGGGAAAUAUGGAGUCCGUCAUUAUUAAUGGGGCAGAGGAGGAGGAGGAGGAAGACGAUGGACAUCAGCCAAAUGGUGAAAGUGUCAUUAAUGAAGAAUGGCAUUCAGAUGAUAGCUGUGAGGACUUUGCCAGUGAAUGUGAUGAUGGUGAUAGUGUUUUUGCCCAUCUGGAAGAAAUGAGGUUUAAACUGGAACAAGAGAUUGGUUUUGAAAAGUUCAUAGAAGUCUACAAUAAGAUCAAGGCCAUACAUGAAGAUGAGGAUGAAAAUAUUGAUAGUUGUUCGACAGUUGUGGAGAAUAUUCUAGGAUGUGAGCACCAGCAUUUGUAUCCCAGAAUCCUUCGCCUAGUGAUGGCAGAUGGAGCUUAUCAAGAAGAUAAUGAUGAAUAAACCCAACUCAGGAAUCUCACAUACCCUACAUGCUGCUUUAAAUAAAACGGAAUGGGGCUCCGUUGGAGACACUCGGCAGUUACUGAUUUUAUAUAUAUGACAGAAGAUGAUCUGUGUUUGAAAUCUGCAUGACUAGGGGAACUAUCCUUUAAAUAUCCUAGUAUUUGUGUUCAUUUUGGUUGCAUUAUGGAUAGUGGGUUAAUAAAAAUACUUCCUGUA